AUGGGGACAAGCAACGAAACAUGGGUGAGUGAAUUUAUUCUGCUCGGCCUGUCCAGUGACUGGGACACACAGGUGUCACUCUUUGUCCUGUUCUUGGUCAUGUACCUGCUGACAGUGCUGGGGAAUGUUCUCAUUGUCCUUCUCAUCAGACUGGACAGCCGACUCCACACACCCAUGUAUUUCUUCCUCACCAACCUCUCCCUUGUAGAUGUGUCUUAUGCCACGAGCAUCGUGCCUCAACUGUUGGUCCAUUUUCUUGUGGAACAUAAAGCCAUCCCAUUCCUGAGUUGUGCAGCCCAGCUGUUUUUCUCCCUGGCCUUGGGAGGGAGUGAGUUUCUUCUACUGGCAGUAAUGGCCUAUGACCGGUACGUGGCUGUGUGUGACCCCCUGAGGUACUCAGCCAUUAUGCAUGGCGGACUGUGCACUAAGCUGGCUGUGUCAGCCUGGGUCAGUGGCUCCAUCAACUCUAUAGUGCAGACCACCAUCACCUUUCAGCUUCCCAUGUGCACAAACAGGCAGAUUGAUCAUAUUUCCUGUGAAACACUAGCUGUGGUCAGGCUGGCCUGUGUGGACACAUCCUCCAAUGAGGUUGCCAUCAUGGUUUCCAGUAUUGUCCUCCUGAUGACGCCGUUCUUCCUAGUUCUCUUGUCCUACAUCCGGAUCAUCUCCACCAUCCUGAAGAUCCAGUCCACAGAGGGAAGGCAGAAAGCCUUCCACACGUGUGCCUCUCAUCUCACAGUGGUAGCGCUGUGCUACGGCAUGGCCAUUUUCACUUACAUCCAGCCUCGCUCCAGCCCCUCGGUCCUCCAGGAGAAGCUGAUCUCACUCUUCUAUGCCAUUCUAACACCCAUGCUCAACCCCAUGAUCUACAGUCUGAGGAACAAGGAGGUGAAGGGCGCCUGGCAGAAGCUCUUAGGACAAUUCUCUGGGUUAACGUCAAAACUGGCAACUUGA